CAUCUGUCCUGCAUUUGCCUCAAAUAAAGCCUGUCCUGAUAGAAACGCCUGCCUACAAGACCACGCUCAGGUUAAAUUUAUCCCAGCUCAUGGCAAGCUAAAUAGCAUUAGCAUCCGGACAGACCUCCAGUCUGACUAUGGCGACUGAAGCGAAGCGAGUAAAGGUGGAUGAUGGUUCAGAGCGCCUGCAGGACUUCCUCCAGUGGUGUGACAGAGUCGGUUUGGUCCUCAGUAAAAAGGUGUGCCUGAGCACAGAGGGAACAGUGGCAGAUUAUGGGAUGCUGGCGAAGGAAGACAUAGAGGAAGGAGAGAUUUUGUUCACCAUCCCCAGAUCUGCUCUUCUCCACCAGGAAACAACAAAGGUUUCUGGUUUGUUGAAGAAAGGUGAUUCUACUGAAAAGAAGUCGUCUCUGGAGAGCUCUUCUGGUUGGGUUCCCCUGCUGCUGGCUCUGCUUUAUGAGUCCACGUCUCCUGAGUCCCACUGGAGGACUUACCUCUCCCUGUGGCCUGGCUUCAAAGCGUUGGAUCAUCCCAUGUUCUGGUCUAAAGAGGAGCGAGACAAACUCCUGAAGGGAACAGGUAUCCCAGAGGCGGUGGCGACAGACUUAUCCAACAUCCAGAGAGAGUACACAGAUAUAGUCCUGCCUUUCAUAAUGAGACAUCCGGAGCUGUGGAACCCCAACACACACACUCUGGAGCUGUACACACAGCUGGUGGCCUUCGUCAUGGCCUACAGCUUCCAGGAGCCGCAGGAGGAAGACGAUGAUGAAGAUGAUGAAGAGAAGAGGGCCCCCAACCCUCCUAUGAUGGUUCCCAUGGCAGACAUGCUGAACCACGUAUCCAAACACAACGCUAACCUGGAGUUCAAUCCGGACAGCCUGAAGAUGGUUUCUGUGCGCCCCUUGCGUAAAGGCGAGGAGGUCUUUAACACGUACGGACAGAUGGCCAACUGGCAGCUGCUGCACAUGUAUGGUUUCACGGAGCCGUAUCCGGAGAACAGCAACGACACGGCGGACAUUCCCGUCGCCUGCCUCUACCAAGCCGCAGCGCAAGACAUUCAGUCUGAGCCGGAGCGUCAGCUUUUUGAUGAGCGCUUCAAGGUUUUGUCCCAGAUGAUGGAGGAGAACGCAGCGUUUGUGUUCAGUAAUCAUGGCUGCCUCACAGACUCCGAGCUACACUCUGCACUCAAGCUUCUGUGCAUGUCGCAGGAGGAAUUCUCAGAAUUCAGAGACAACGAAGGAUGGGAGGACGACGACGAAGACGACGACGAUAAAAUCUCCCAGGCCUUCUCCAACGAGGGUCUGCCCGAUUUAAAGUCGUCAUGGAAACGUCUGAUCCACGAGGCAGCCCGGCUCACGCUGAGGUCGUACGGGGAUGCAGAGUUGGAGAGCGACCGGAAGCUGAUGGAGGACGGAGCGGAUCUGAAAGGACGGAGCAGCAGGAGGUGGAGGGCGCUGCAGGUCCGCUUCGGACAGAAAGUCAUCCUGCACAGACUGCUGGAGAUCACCGCGUCCUGACUCCUGAAAACAGACAAUAAACAUCUGUCUGCUUUUGUUUCUGUUCUUUUUCACAGCUUCACCAGCUGCAUUUCCAUUACAAAUACCCACAAAACUUAAAAGAUACUGAUGUCGAUAAAACACAACUUUGCAAUUGCAGUGUUUAUAUUAAAUAACUGGUAAAAAAUGA